GCGGGAGGAGGUGCCGCUCUCUUGAGGUCCCUCCAGGGUUGGCGAAGAUCAUGUCGCACAAACAGAUUUAUUACUCCGAUAAAUACGACGACGAGGAAUUUGAAUACCGACAUGUCAUGUUGCCCAAGGACAUAGCCAAGCUGGUUCCUAAAACCCAUUUGAUGUCUGAAUCAGAAUGGCGAAAUCUUGGCGUUCAGCAAAGUCAGGGAUGGGUCCAUUAUAUGAUCCAUGAACCAGAACCACACAUCCUGCUGUUCCGGAGGCCACUCCCCAAGAAGCCAAAGAAAUGAAACUGGAGAGCCGCUUUGCAGCCCGAAGCUUUAAGCAGCUGUCCUCGUUUGCUAGCAUCUUUCCGAUGACAUUAUUCUAUUGCCUUGUUUCUCACUUCGAUAUUUAAAGGAUGUUCGUUCGAUACACUAUUUGAAUGUGUGGUGUUUGAAAUAUGGUGGCUGCUGUGCUUCGUAGACAGAGCCAGCAACACCAUAUAGCAACACUAGCCAGAUGAGUGCUCCUUGAGCUGCGCCUCUGCUGACUGUGACCUGAGGGCCAGGCUGAGCUCUGUCUCUAGCUAAGCAGAUGGUGGACAUCACACCUGCCACUCUUACAGAGAUUGUGUUAACUUGCUAGUUUUCUUUUUGUUUUCCUGCUCGGUGUUGUAUGUAUGGUGAUUUGUGUUUCGAUGUAUUGGAAACUUUCCAUUUUAUUCAAGAAUUCUGUUCCAUUUUAAAGCCUUGAUUAAAGAGAAUGUUUUUGUAAUCAAA